GAAAAAGAGCAAAACAAGCAAGCAUGGCGAUGGCGGCUUGCAUGUACUUCGCUAACGCCACGUCGUUCGGGCCAGUCCGAUUCUCCGGCGCCGGAAAUUACCAGAAGCCAACCAAUUUUCUUGCCAGAAGGAAGUCGGUCUCCUGCGCGGGAAGUUCGCCGGAAAUCGAGCUCGAAUUCAUAGCGCCGAAGCAGGCGAACGACGGGUCGUAUGCGGUGGAGAAGGCGACGGCGAUUAGUGGGGAGAAGCUCCUGAGGAGCAUAAUGUCGGAUAACAAGAUCCAGCUUUACGCCACGUAUGGGAAGCUGAUGAACUGUGGAGGUGUAGGAAGCUGUGGGACUUGCAUUGUAGAGAUUAUUGAUGGGAAGGAUCUUUUGAAUGAAAGAACGAAUACUGAACUCAAAUAUUUGAAAAAGAAACCUGAAUCUUGGAGACUAGCUUGCCAAACUAUAGUGGGAAAUAAAGAAAAUUCUGGGAAGGUUCUUGUUCAGAGGAUUCCCCAGUGGAAAAAGUAACCGAGUAUCAUGCCAUUGUUAUAAUUACUCCUUAUGGUAAAAUGCUUUAGCCUGGAAUGCAAAUGUUCUCAUAUAUAUGUUAUUGGUUACUCCAUUGAGUACCAACAUAACAGAAUUAGUGUUCUUGUUUGAAGGUCUGUAUCACUAUUACAAUACCAUUUGUAGACAUCUAUAAGACAAUAUCAUCAUCUGUCACUACAAAAUGUAUUGUAAUCCAUGAUCUCGAAAGCUCGAUUUGAACUGCAAAACCUACCAGUGUCUAUGUAAGCUUCCAUACUUUCUGUGAAUAAGUUAGAAGUUUCAUAAAAAAAAAGGGUUCUGAGUUCAAACAUGAUGCAUGUGGAGUGUAGAAGAUGAUAAGGGAGGAGCGCAACAUGGGUGUCUUUGGCUCUUGUAAAGUUGUGGUAUGACAAAAGCCCACAUCCACUGUCUUCCCUAUAACUCCUACCUUUAUAGGUCAAUAUCUGUAUUAAUAUCUUCUUUUGGUUUGAAAUGUUUGUAUUACAUUCAUCAUUCAAAUAAAUUAGUCCUUUGUUUGAA